AAAAUUUCUGUAAAACUAAAUUGUAUUAUUCUUCCUCCCCUCCCGUAUAGUAAGUAAUAUCUAAUAUAUUAUAUUAACCUGUAUCAUUCAUCAUAAUUUGUAUAGAAUCUGCAUCUGUUUUUCCCUUUACCAAUUCUCUAGGGCAAGGGUUUUUGAUUGAUUGAUUGUAUUUAUCGAGAUAAUAAUCAAUGGGUGCGGAAGGUGAGUCUAGCGUGAAUCUCGGUGGGGCUGAGCCGGUGAAUGUAAAUAUUCGAUGCUCCAACGGCUCUAAAUUUUCCGUCAAUACGAGCCUCGAAUUGACGGUGGCGGAUUUCAAAGGUUUGUUGGCGCAGAAUUGCGAUGUCACAGCUGAACAGCAGCGCUUGAUUUACAAAGGCCGGAUCCUCAAGGACGACCAAACCCUAGUCAGCUAUGGUUUGCAGGCAGAUCACACGGUUCACAUGGUUCGUGGUUUUACUUCAGCGGCAACUCCUCCUUCUGCUGCUCCUGCAAGUGCUGGGAACACCAACAGUGUCCCUGCUGUUACACCAGGUGGGAGUCCUGGAGUGGCUGGAGCAGGUGCAUCCCUAUUUCCGGGUUUCAAUUUAGGAGCACUUGGUGGCGCUGGGGCGUCUGGACUAUUUGGAGCUGGACUUCCCGAGUUUGAUCAAAUGCAGCAACAACUAACUCAGAACCCUAACAUGAUGAGAGAUAUAAUGAACAUGCCUGCGAUUCAGAGCCUAAUGAACAAUCCUGAGAUCAUGCGUAGCUUGAUUAUGAGUAAUCCUCAGAUGCGUGAAGUUAUUGAACGGAACCCAGAACUUGGUCAUAUUCUAAAUGAUCCCAGCAUCCUCCGCCAGACACUAGAAGCCACAAGGAACCCGGAGCUAAUGCGUGAGAUGAUGCGGAACACUGACAGGGCAAUGAGCAACAUUGAAUCUUCUCCUGAAGGAUUUAACAUGCUUAGGCGUAUGUAUGAAAAUGUCCAAGAACCCCUUUUGAAUGCAACAAAUAUGGGUGGUGGCGCUGCCACUGAUGCAGGAUCAAAUCCAUUUGCAGCUCUGUUGGGAAAUCAGGGUGGUACCCAAACCAGAGAUGGAUCUAAUGUUUCUGGUGGACCUGAAAUGACCAAUGAGACCACUGUCCCAAACAGUAAUCCACUUCCCAACCCAUGGGGUAAUACUGGAGGUUCUCAAACAAAUAAUGCUACAAGAUCUAUCCCAACUGGCGAUGCAAGAAUACCAUCUGUUGCCGGAUUAGGAGGACUCGGUCUUCCUGAAUUAGAGCGUAUGGGCAUGCCAGAUUCCUCUGCUUUUAGUCAGUUAUUGCAAAAUCCAGCCAUAGCACAGAUGACGCAAAGCUUGCUUUCUGAUCCUCAAUACAUGGAACAAAUCAUGGGCCUUAAUCCUCAAUAUCGAAGCAUGCUUGAUUCGAAUCCUCAAUUAAGAGAAAUGAUGCAAAAUCCAGAAAUUCUUAGAGAGUUGACCUCACCAUCUACUAUGCAGCAAAUGAUGGCUUUGCAGCAACAACUUUCGCAACUUGGUGGACAGCAACCAACCCUGGAUGGAUCUCAGACUGGUCAGGGAAGAGGUACCCAAAAUAAUGCAGGAUUGAGCAUGUUGAUGAAUAUGUUUGGUGGACUUGGAGCUGGUGGCGGUUUGAAUGUUCCAAACGCUUCUAAUGUGGCACCAGAGGAACUGUAUGCAACUCAGCUGUCACAACUGCGGGAGAUGGGUUUCUUUGACACACAAGAGAACAUCAGAGCAUUGAGAGCUACAUCAGGAAAUGUUCAUGCAGCUGUUGAACGACUCUUGGGAGGAAACCCUUGACAGUAAAAAAAAAUAAAAGAAAAAAAAACUAGUCAUUAAGAGCCCUUAUUUAUAUAUUUACAACGUACGUACAUUAGACUGCCUUCACCUAUCAACUCAACCGGCGUGAUAAUAAAACAUUGUGGUGCAUUAAUUCACUUAGCUUGUUCUUUCUCUAUGUUAAAGGCUGUCGUCUGUCUGUCUAUUUAAACUUGCUCGGAUUAAGAAUGGGGUUUCUUUAAGAUGAGAAAAUGUAUACAAAAAAUCUUUUAAUUUACUUUUGUGGAAAUGUGUUGGUAUUUAUUUUCCAUUGGAGAUGC